CUUUGUGGUGUUCCUAUUUUAGCAUUUUGUUGAUUUUAUUUUUAUUUUUAUGUUAUUUUACAUUACAAACUGAUGACUUCUCAGCAGGCAUCUCAUCAUUAAGAUGACAAUGGAAAGAAGGAUAAAACUAAAAACACUAAACAGUCACAUAACUUGUAAAAUUUGUCGCGGCUACUUUAUUGAUGCUACAACUGUUACAGAGUGCCUUCAUACGUUUUGCAAAAGCUGUCUGGUGAAGCACUUGGAGGAGAACAACACAUGUCCGACAUGCAGCAUUGUGAUCCACCAGUCACAUCCGCUGCAGUACAUCAGUUUCGACAGAACCAUGCAGGACAUUGUGUACAAAUUAGUUCCUGACUUACAGGACAAUGAAUUGAAACGCGAAAGAGACUUCUACCGUGCAAGAGGCCUGCCGUGUCCAAAGGAUGCAGCACUAGCCAAUGACAAACCUGGAGCGGGUGAUGAGCCAGAACAACAAGACAACAGUGACUGUCAUAGGAAAGAUGAACAAGUUAAUGUGUGCCUUGAAUGCAUAUCAACAUCUCUCCGGACGCUGAAGCGUAGCUUUAUCAGAUGUUCGUCUCAGGCGACCAUCACCCACCUUAAGAAGUUUGUAGCAAAAAAAGUAUUAAAUGGAAUAGAGAAAUAUAGAGAAAUUGACAUACUAUGUAAUGACGAAUUAUUAGGAAAAGACCAUACGUUAAAGUUUGUAUAUGUCACAAGAUGGAGGUUCCGAGACCCGCCGCUACGAUUGCAGUAUCGGCCGAAGAUAGAUAUCUAGAUAUUAGUAAUUUUUAUAUGUCUAGGCUGAUACUCUGGUCGUGGUAUGACCAUUGUCCUAUGGCACACUGAGGGAAGCUAUAUCCAGGUAUGAAAUAUGCUUAGUAAAUUAUUUAGUGUUUCUACUCUCAUCAGUUUAACACGACAGUGAAUGUGUACGAUGAACAAACAGACUGAAUCAGUGUGACUCCACCCAAUACUUACAAACUGUACAGCAUAUCAAGACAUUCUGGAAGGCUGCUGAAGAGCUCUUGCAAGACAUUUCAUGGAAUAAAAGUAUCAGGGUGUCUUUAAUCUCAUAAGAUAUCCAAAGGCUGCCAAAGUGUUGAGAGAAUUAUAAAGGCUACCAACAUAUCCAAUCUUAUCAAAGCCUCAAUGAUGUAAAGAUAUUGCGCGAGUUGAAUGCAUUCGGGGCCUGAGGUAAAGAGCGGGAGCAUCUCCCCCCGCUGUCCGCAUGCCUCCCCGCGCGCACCUGCAGUGUAGUGAUGUGCCGUCGUUGACAGUUAUCGUACGCUUAUCGUGUUAUCGCGUUUAUACUGAAGUUGCGAUCUCGUGUUAUUGUCUUGGUUUUAAUAAAUAAACUGAAACGUUUCCAUCAGGUUCCAUUUAAAACAAAAUUUUAGAGUUUUAUUAUUAUAGAUUUGGCGAAAAAUUUUGUAGACAUGUGUGUUGAAGAAAUAAGUGUGUGUGUACUUAUUACGUGCAAGAAGUUAUACUUCUUUGGCCUAUCAAAGCAAAAAUCCUUAAAAUUAUUUAUUCCUCGUACUAUUCUACGUUUGUAGAAAAAACAAUAUUGUAAAAAUCUUGCAACGAGGGCUUUGACAGUUAAUUAUUAAAUAACGAAUACGGCUGUACGGGCUUGAACCCUUAGCCUAUCCUAAUAAUGGAAGAAGGAACCAAAAAAAAAACGAAUGUCGCAAAGGUCAGAAAAUUUUAGGAACCAACUUCACCUUGUUACUUUUGUGUUACAGUGACGCGCGCGCAUCUUAAAGUUUCGCUUUCAUCAUUUUUUCACAACGCGCCAAAAGAAGUAUAACUUCAUAAGGCAAAACAAAAAUUUGAGAUUAAAUUUUUUGUUUAAAUGAUAACUUAAAGUAUUGUUUAAGUUUAUCGACACGACCAUGUUUAUGGUCAUCAAUUAUAAUUAGGUCACAUCACUAUCGCAUUCCUGAACUCUGCAUUCAACUCGCGCGUUAUCUGUACCUCUCUUAGUAUUAUUUAAAUUUAAUGUGACCACUUAUUUGUUUCUAUUUUAUAUUACUUACGUACCAUCCUUCCAGUGAGCCCAGCUCUCUUAACAAUCAGAAAUUAAGACUAUAUAUAUUAUCAUGUUAACAAAAUAAUAUAGUAGUGCAAAAUUCAGUGUUUCCAAUUAAAUUUAUACAAAGUUUUUUUUUUAAUAUUAAGCAAGUCUUAGGCUGGAUUUAGCGCUACACCGACGGUGAGCGCUGACGUCGGUCGACCGUAGCGCGUACACGUACUCGCUGACCAUGUUGCGUUAGUUAGCCAUAGUUCUUAGUUGACAGCAAACUUGAAUGCGCGUGUACAAUUGCUAAUUAAAAUUAUUGGAACGAAGUUCCUUACGGCAGGCUUGGAGGGGAUAGGGAUUUUGCUGCGCGACCGAACUGAAAAAAAUGUGAUGGUAGAACCGUAAGAUGAAAUCCGUGGAAAAAAGUGCGUGGAAUAAAACCGUUAAAUGAGACGUGCGCAGGCGCGACAGUCGCAUACACAAGCGAGUAGUGUAUAAUACCUUUCUCUUUCUCCCUCUUUUUGUCGUUUUGUUGAACUUCGUUCCUACCUGGUGUCCCACGACACCACAUCAUUUUUUUUUAUUGCCACAGCGCAUCAGCGGACCGACGAUAGCUGUACUCGAUCAUAUGUUUUCAUUGUUAUAGCUACGGUUGACCGACGUCAGCGCUGACCGUCGGUCGAGCAUCAAAUGCAGCCUUAAGAGUAUAUAAUAUACAUGACAACCAAUUGGUUUCCAUGUAUUUUUAAAACCAAUUUCAAUCGAAAUAGAUUAGUUGAAAAAUUAUUGUUAAUAAAGCAUUGAUUUGAUAUGGAUAAAUGUAAAAUAUGAACAUUGGGACUGAUAUUAUUUCAUUUUUUACCAUGGAGAAAUUUGGUGAUUUCGACGAGGGUGUAAUUUGUAGGCAUGCAGCGAAGUCGAAGGUUAAUACACGCAAGUUGUUGGAAUCGCACUGUCCACCGAGUGCUACAUAGUUUAUGGUACACCUACUAGGAAAAUAACCAAUUAUAAUAAUCCUGCCGCGCACUAUUAGCCCAAGUCCGCAGUAAGAGUCGGGACGUUAUCGCGAAGCCACUACACUCACCCCGACGAAGAACCUCCGAAUGGUCCGAAACUAGUCGGUACCCACAUCAAUAAAACGUGUGUAAAGACUUAUUAAUAAGUAAAUAAUGUCUCACGAAAGUUAUAAUAAUUUAAUUGCCAAUAUUAAUUUAUCAAAAUGAACACUGAAUACUAUUUGAUGGAUUUUUGAAAGCCUUAAAAUAGAUUAAGGUUGACACGGUUUGCUUGUAAAUUCCGUCAAAAUUUUUAAUAUCCAAAAAGAAUAUGUUAGAAAUGGAAUUAAAUAAAUUUUUGAGCCCGUAUGUUUCCCACAACAUAAAUAACUAACUUUCGGCCCAGCAUUAUUUAUUUUACUACGAAAUUUCCGAAAAUUAAAGAUAAAAGCAAUGGGAUUUUUAAGCAGUGAAGGUGUUCCGAAAGACCAUUCAAGACGUCCCGUAGAGGUCUAAUGUCUUAUGACAUAAGGGACGAGACGAGCAGGACGUUCAGCUGAUGGUAAUUGAUACGCCCUGCCCAUUACAAUGCAGUGCCGCUCAGGAUUCUUGAAAAACCCAAAAAUUCUGAACACCACUAUUGCGCUCGUCGCCUUAAGACAUAAGAUGUUAAGUCCCAUUUGCCCAGUCAUUUCACCAGCUACGGUGCCCUUCAAACCGAAACACAAUAAUGCUUACACAUUACUGCUUUACGGCAGAAAAAGGCGCCGUUGUGGUAUCCAUAAUCUAGCCGGCAUCCUGUUAAAAGGAGCCUCCCACUGUGAAAUCACUCAUCAAGUCAGUCCUGGAUAUGCUUCUUUUUAAACCCAUGACCCAAAUUAAAAGUCAGAAUGACACCUUGAAUGUAUUGACUUUGAUAUUUGAGUGCAAACAUUUAGGUUGGAUAGUUCGGUAAACCUAUGGCAUUUGGUGUCGCCAGUAAAUAAAAAUAAAUUUUGCAAUGAAGUGGGUAGCAUGUACUUAACAUAAAUAUUUUGGUCCAAAUCUUGAAAACGAAUGAACCGAUUUAUCCAUUUCAAAAUGGCCUGUUUAGUUUCUCUUUUGGCUACGGGGCCCAAUAAGUUUGUGGUAUAAUACAAUGAUUUCGUAUUUGAAAAGGUAUAGAUACCCACGUAACGUAUCAAUAGACACAUAUUAACAUUUAAAAGAUAAAUUUAACUUUGAGACAAUAUUAGUGCUGUAAAACGAUUUGUCAACAAGUCAGGAAAACAUCCUAUUUUUCUGUAACCUAAACCUUGACAAUACUGAUAGUAUUUGUGUCCUGAAAGUAUAUGAAUGAAUAAGCGGGUAUAAAGUUAAGAACAUAAUAUUUAUACCUACUUAAUACCCAAUUUGUGAUUUCGAAGUAAGAAUUUUACUCGAACUGGACUUCCUAUGAUUAGCUAAAACAUAUUUUAUGUUUAUUGAAUAUAUAUAUUUCUUUUGUUAUUUUGUUUUUAGUAUAAACUUUAAAUUAAUUUUAGUGUAAGUAAACAAUGUUAGUGUAAGUAAUAAAAUUUUUGCAGACUAAAUUAUAUGUAAAUAUUAUAUAUAUA